AUGGAUGUCCGCAAUCAAUCAUUCACUCUCCUCCUGCUAUCCACUACAGUCAUGUUGUAUUUCAGGACUCUAUUAGCGCAUCCUAUCUACUUCAACAACAUACCAGCACCAGCGCAGAGUCCAGAACCAGCACCAACCGACGCCCUCGCCUUCCUCGACGAGCCCGUCUUCGAACCACUGGCAUCUCACAUAGCAGACCACCCAUAUCCGUGGCGUGACAAACGCCCAUUCCAGGAGACCAAUUAUGCGUUGCUCAUGGGUGCCGUUCAAUCACUUCUUGAGGCUGAGGUUGACGAGGAAGAGGGUGGUGUGGGAUUGAAUGAGACUUUUGGGCAGCAGGAUGACGUUGAGAGUAACUCGUCUGAGACAUCUCUCCUCUGGGCUGGGGAUAGGGAUGAUGGGAAGUGGUCUUGCGCUUAG